GCGCUUUGGCGCGGCGGAGCUCUCUCGCGAGGAAGGACGCCAUUAUCGCAGCCGCUCGACAAACACCACGAGAAUUCGGCCCCGCACACGGGUUGUAUGAUUUCACAGAUCACUUGGUUUGGGGUCUUCAGUGGCAUUGGAUUGGACGCUGCUGCCUGAUUCUGAAUGAUGACAGAACAGGAUUUGGCAGAUGUGGUUCAGAUUGCAGUAGAAGACUUGAACCCAGAUCAUCCAGUUGUGUUGGAGAAUCAUGAAGUGACAGACGAAGAUGUAGAACCUGCUCUGAAACGCCAGCGGAUAGAAAUUAACUGCCAAGAUCCCUCUAUUAAGUCAUUCCUGUAUUCCAUAAACCAGACAAUAUGCCUACGGUUGGAUAGCAUUGAGGCAAAGCUGCUGGCACUAGAAGCUACCUGUAAAUCAUUGGAAGAAAAAUUGGACCUCGUCAUGAACAAACAGCAUAGCCCUAUCCAAGUCCCUAUGGUGGCAGGUUCUCCUCUUGGUGCUACACAGACAUGCAAUAAAGUGCGAUGUGUUGUUCCCCAGACCACAGUAAUACUGAACAACGAUCGGCAGAAUUCAAUUGUAGCCAAGAUGGUGGGGCAGGAAGAGCCAUUGAGCAGAACAGCGGAUUCUCUGGAAAAUAUCCUUAGCAAUGCUGUUCCUGGACGUAGACAAAACACCAUCGUGGUGAAGGUCCCAGGGCAUGAUGACAGCCACAAUGAAGAUGGGGAGAGCGGCUCUGAGGCCAGUGAUUCAGUUUCCAACAGUGGCCAGAUAGGAAGCCAAAGUAUUGGGAACAAUGUUACCCUUAUUACCUUGAACUCUGAAGAGGAUUACCCCAAUGGGACGUGGCUCGGAGAUGAAAAUAAUCCUGAGAUGCGAGUCCGUUGCCCCAUCACCCAAGCUGACAUGUUGCACAUCAGCACGAACUGCCGCACAGCUGAGAAGAUGGCACUGACGUUGCUUGACUACCUCUUUCACCGAGAAAUUCAGGCUAUCUCCAACCUUUCAGGGCAGGGGAAGCAUGGGAAGAAGCAGCUCGAUCCUCUAAUGAUAUAUGGGAUUCGAUGCCACCUUUUCUAUAAAUUUGGAAUCUCAGAGUCUGACUGGUACCGGAUCAAGCAGAGCAUAGACUCCAAAUGCCGGACUGCUUGGCGGCGGAAACAGCGUGGCCAGAGUCUUGCGGUGAAAAGUUUUUCACGACGAACACCUUCCUCGUCAUCAUAUAGUGGCUCAGAGGGCACACAAAGUACAGUGUCGGCUUCUAAUGAGAUCCAGCAGAACCAGCCGCAAGCCCUUCACUAUGCACUCGCUAAUGCUCAGCAGGUUCAGAUUCACCAAAUAGGAGAAGAUGGACAAGUUCAAGUAAUCCCACAGGGUCACCUCCACAUAGCCCAGGUUCCUCAAGGCGAACAGGUCCAAAUAACGCAAGACAGCGAGGGUAACUUGCAGAUACAUCAGGUUCACGUUGGUCAAGAUGGGCAGGUCUUCUCAUCAUGUGAUAGAGCGGUUUGGAGUCCUACAGAGAGGGAUCAAGUACACUGGGCUGUGACUGAAUUGGCUCUGUCCACUCUUUGACUCAACAAAUUUAAAAUAAUAUACUGCAGUAUUGUGGCAGCAGUUCUAAAUGCGUUAUUGCCAAAUCCUGUUUCAAAAAGAAAGGGUCAGAAUGGGGAUUUUCUAUCUCGUUUUGUCAUCCGGUUGUGUUUUUAAUUGCCACAGCACUUCAAAUAGGAGUAGCAAAAUACUUUAUUUAGAACAUAAUCUCUAAUUCCUGAAGACACUGAGAUCUUGCUCCUCAUUGUUUGUUUAAAGCUGCAUCAUCUGGUUUAAUUUAGGGUUUGGAUUUUCCUCCUUGAUUUUCACCUUCAUCCACCCAUGGGAAAAAAGUAGUGUUGGGACUUUCUUGUAUUCAUCAGUUGAUCUUAGCAGCAUUGUUUAUGUGAUUACAAAAUAAAGGCUACUGGAUUAUUACCAAGAAGGACGUGAUUUGAAUUGUAAGCUUCCGAGCUUUUUCCUUAAAUUGAUCAGGAAUUUGAAACAGACAAACUAGAAAUGUUCCUGUAUUUAAUAGAACCGUAAGAAUUUGACAUAACUUUUGGGGAAAUCACUGUAUGCUCUUGUUUCACCUUGUCUGUCAGUGAUGGAAACAGCCACCUUUAAUUUCCCAGUUUUGCACCAAUGGGAGCUGUUACAGGAAAAGGGAUUUCUCUGUUAUGAACACUUAUUCCACAAUGACAAAUUUCUCAUUCUUGAUGUGCUAAGACACUCGCCUAAUUUUUUAUAUUUUUUUCAAUGUCUGCUCACUCCACUUUUGGAAAGAGGACAUCGAAAAAGAAAUAAGUCCCAAGAGAGAUGAACGAGGGUCUGGGUAUGUCUGGACUGAAUAGUAGAAGGCAGUGUAAUGGUACCCUGCUUUGAAGGAUAAAAGCCACACUGAGAAGUGGUGUAUUUAGAGGUAUGUUAUAACACAUAUACAUGUACAUUCACAUAGCUAUUUCACUUUGUGUUUGUAGAGAAACCAUGGCAAUGUAGGUGUCAGCCAUCAACAUGGAUAUGCAGGGUCCUUUCCAGGCUGGUACAGCCCAUGCUGCCAAGUAAUUACAGCUAUUACUCAAGCUAACUAGAGUAAAGUGACUCAGUAAGUCUCCUUGUGCAGGGAUUGCACUCUCAGAUGCACUCUAGAUGUAGCCUGAAUUAUGAAUCAAAGCUUCCCCUGAGGAAAAAGUCUGAUACAAAUAGUUCAUCAUAUUACAUAGUCUCAGUAAAACCAAUACAGAAGACUAUAUUAAAUAUCAAUAGGUAUUUCAUGUGGAAAUUAAUAUGGGUUACUGGCAGGAAGGUGUUUAAAGUACAAAGUUGUGGUAUUGCCAAGAAUCAUGUAAGUUAAUUGUAAAAUAAUAUACAAGGUUUACUAUUUCUACUCCAUAUUACACGCCAUGAAAAUGAGGAUUGCCAAAGGUUGCUGGAAGAAGUGCAGUUAUGAAGAGACUCUAGCACAUACAACUUGGUACUAAAAAACUAUAAGCUUUUUUGAUGUAACAUAAUUUCAAUUACAUAGUCAUAAUGUAAAAGGGAUGUUGAAUCCAGUCACACACCAUUAUUCUGGGGUUUGGCAGCCAAAAUGCAACUGAUGUAAGAAGACGUAAGUUGUCAAGUAUUAUUCUUCCUGGCUAAUAUGUACUCAGUAAUGCAGAGGAGGAGGUGCCUGCUCUACACACAGACAUAUAUGUAUCUUAGUUAUAAAAAUAUGUCAGUGAAAAGAAAUGGAGAAUGUAAUACAGCCCUGUACAAACAAAAUCAAUCAGUCUCAUGCAAUUUGGCCUUCUUUUCUUGACUGUCCCUAGGAAAACCCAAGAGCCAUAUGAGAUCCUGGCAGCACUUACCAUAGUCGCUUAGAAAAGUAACUUCCUUUGUCUCCCAAGCUCCCCAGAGAACUUCUGGUGUACGUCCACGGCCUUUCCCCUGGACAUCAGCUGACAAACUAUUUUUAUAUAGAAAAUCUUGCUAAGUUCAUUAUUUGUUCUUUGUUCUCUGAUUUCUUAUGUUUUCUUUUCUCUUUUUAAUAAAAAUCUUAUGAUGGCUAUGAUUUGGAAAGCUGACUUUAGAAGUUUUGCAUAUGAAAACUAAAAUGGGCGACUCUAAAUUCAGGAUGGGUUUAAAGGAAAGGAUGUAUUGGUUCAAUAUGACAUGGUGUUCUGGUAUCACGUUCCUUCCUCACUUCACUAACACAAUACAUUAAUUGUAAAAAGAGCUGAAUCAUAAAAAUACACAAAUGAACUGUUUAAUGGAUCAGUUGGUCCAACUGUGUGAAGCCAAGAAGGAGCCUGUUACCUGGAUUAGUCAAUAUGCAGAACUGUAAUAGAUAAAUGAGCACAAAUGUUCUGUAGAAAUAAUGAUUGAAUUGACACCUUUCUUAUAUGAUAGGAGCACAACUGUCAGAACAAUAUGUUGUCACAAGAUUAAUGUCUUUGGCCGCUUGAGCAAAUGUCUUGGCUUUGUCUCCUUAUUUAUAUAGCAGCAAGAGACCGUUCUUUUGUGGGAAUGUUCUGUUCUGUUGACAUUAUUGCAUAAUUAGCUGAAGCAACUCAAAGACUUUACAAUAACUACUUGCAGACUUAGGAACCCACGAUCAGCUGUUUCUGCUCGCACCCAGGAAGUUACCGCAUUCAUUAGUAGGCCAAUAGCCAUUAUAUGUUCGUGAAAACUGUAUAUGUUGAUGUAAAAUGCUUCCCAAAGUACCUUUCCACAAUGGUUUAAAAUAAAAGCUACAAAUCUUUACGGUAGCACAGGAGCAGCAUUUCCGUGUUUCUUGGUGUAGGGUUGCCAACUCUGACUGAAGCUAUUC